AUGGACGACCAGAAGAAACCCACCCGGCAGUUUGGCGUUACCAGCGCCAUCUCUGAGGCCCCGCCUACCGAACAGGAUAUUCGCAAAAACGAUAGCCUCAUCACGACGCUGAAAGACGAGAAUGUGUUUGAGACGCCCGAGGGCAACCAACAAAGGGAGUCAGUUCUCAAAGAUAUCCAAAAUGUCGUCGAAGAGUUUGUGCGUCGCGUCGGCAAGAAAAAGGGCGUUCAGCAGUCUAUCAUCGACGCCGCGGGCGGCAAGAUCUUCACUUUCGGCAGCUUCGCUCUCGGUGUUCACGGUCCCAAAUCGGAUAUCGAUACGCUCGUUGUCGCGCCCAAAUUUGUCUCCAUUGACGAUUUCUUCGCCAUCUUUCCCUCAACCUUCAAAGAACUAUGCAACGAAAAGGACAUCCAAGAGUUCGUGCCCGUAGAAGACGCCUUUGUACCUAUUAUCAAGAUGGAAUACCAGGGCGUGAGCAUAGACUUGCUGUUUUGCUCGCUACCGAAGAGGCCUUCAAUACCCCUCAACAUGACCACCAUUGAAAAGAAGGACUUGGAGGGACUUUCCGAGUCGGCAACACGCAGCGUUAACGGUACACGAGUCACCAACGAACUCUUGGACUCGGUUCCACAGAAGGUGAGCUUCCGACAUGCGCUGCGAGCCAUCAAGCUCUGGUCGAACCGCCGCGGCAUCUACGGGGCCGUCUUUGGAUACCCUGGAGGAGUUGCGUGGGCUAUCAUGGUUGCCCGCAUAUGCCAGCUUUACCCAAUGGCCAAUGGCGCUACCAUUGUCUCAAAGUUCUUCAGUUUGAUGUACAAGUGGACCUGGCCUAGGCCUGUUAUGCUGAAGCACAUCGAAGAGGGUGACAUGGGCCUCCGUGUAUGGAACCCACAGGUCUAUGGCGGCGAUAGAGCCCAUCUCAUGCCCAUCAUCACACCCGCGUUCCCAUCCAUGUGCGCUACGCACACCGUCAUGCCAUCCACACUGCGCAUCAUGAAGGAAGAAUUCGGUCGAGCGGACAGCAUAUUGCAGGAUAUCUUUGCAAACAAGAAGGAUUGGAAGGCACUGUUCGAGCGGCACACUUUCUUUACAAAAGACCACAAGUACUAUUUGAGCGUCGUCGCCGCAAGCCGAACCAAGGAAGCCAAUUCGACCUUCUCCGGACUGGUACAGUCGAAGAUCCGACACAUCAUCAAAGGCAUCGACGAUGGAAACACGGGUAUCGCCACCGCGCGUCCAUAUAUUGAAUACUUCGAGCGAGCGCAUCGUAUUACGGAUGACCAGUUCAAAGAGGUCGCGCAAGGCUCCCUUGACUAUCUCAUUCCAAAAUCUGAAGCGGAUGCCGAAGGUACACUCGAAGCCAACGGCGACACCACGAUAGUGCACACUACAACUUUCUAUAUCGGCCUCACUUUACCCACAGGUGAAGCUACCAAAUCGCUCGAUAUUUCCUAUCCCGUGAGCCAGUUCAAGAGUUACAUCACCGACUCAGAUCUUUACAACGAAGACCUCAUGUCUGUGAAAGUGGUCCACACGCGCAGCUCCGCGCUCCCGGAUGAUGUCUUCGUCGAAGGAGAAACGCGGCCGAAGCCCAGCAAAGACAAGAAGAAAAAGAAGGACGCGAAAAGUGUUAAGCGCCAGUUCGCCGAGACAGGCCUCGAAGACAGCGAGCAUUCAGCAGCAAAGCGCCAACAGGCCGAGCUUGCUACCAACGGGGUACCUACUCCGACGGCAGCAUAG